AUGUUGCCCGCGUCCGCCCCCGAGCCCACGGACCACCUCGAUGAAGCGGCUCCCAGCACUGCGGGCCGCGGCAGCCCGCUGAUGUUACCCGCGUCUGUCCCCGAGCCCACCGGCCACCCCGACGAAGUCGCCCAAGAAGUCGUCCCCAGCACUGAGGACAUCAGCAUCCCGCUGACGUUGCCCGCGUCCGCCCCCGAGCCCACGGACCACCUCGAUGAAGCGGCUCCCAGCACUGAGGACAUCAGCGUCCUGCUGAUGUUGCCCGCGUCUCUCCCCGAGCCCACCGGCACCGGCCAUCUCGACGAAGUCGCCUCUGCUGACCGCAGCAUCCCGCCGAUGUUGCCCGCGUCCGCCCCCGAGCCCACCGAACACCUCCACGAAGCCGCCCCCAGCCCUGAGGACAUCAGCAUCCUGCUGGAGUUGCCCGUGUCCGUCCCCGAGCCCUCCGAACACCUCGGCGAAGCCGCCCCCAGCACUGAGGACAUCAGCGUCCCGCUGAUGUUACCCGCGUCCGUCCCCGAGCCCACCGGCCACCUCGACGAAGCCGCCCCCAGCGCUGAGGACAUCAGUAUCCUGCUGGAGUUGCCCGCGUCCGCCCCCGGGCCCAGCGGCACCGACUGCCUCGACGAAGUCGCCCCCAGCACUGCGGACAUCAGCAUCCCUCCGACCCUGGGGUGGUCACUCCUCCAGGGUAAACUUGCGCUGUCCUUGUACGAGGUGUUCGGCGCGUUUUUACGUUGCGAAGAUGCUAGAGGAGCACAUGAGGGUGUUCCACAGGCGGCCUUGAAGUUCGCGAGAACGGAGUGUGGACUGUAA